GUCAAAUUUCAUUGGGUAACAUAACACUAAAUUAUUUUAUCACGAGUUUAAUCUACUCUCCUAAUCCAAGACUACUUUAAAAGCAAUAUGGUGCGGUUGUCUCCAGCUCUCUUGCGUGUGCCGGUAAUAAAGUUCCGUAAGGGUGGUUUGGGACACUCAGGAUCGCAUGCUGCACCCGCGGCGGCCGCAGCGCCUGCGGCAUCUCCUGCACCUUCUGCGUCCUGCGCCUUCAGGUCUGCAGGAGCAUCACAAAUGAGUACCAGUGCUAUUCCUGACAUUGACCUUCCGGCACGCUACAGAAGAAAACCCCUCUCUCAGGAAGAGAUUGACCAGAUCAACGGAGGAGGCAUUAAAGAGAAAGAGCGCUCAAAACAUAUUUUUAAACCGAAAAAGGAAGGACCUUUACCAUUGGCGACUAUUAAAAUACCUCGCGGUGUCCUGGUACAAUCGGGCAAGAAAAAAAAACUAGUAUCCCUAAGUGUCACUAUUGGAAAGCAAAGGAAAAAGAAAUAAUUCAAGUUAGACAUAAUCAAUUUAUUGAAAAAAUAUAAAAUAGUAUUUAUUACUGAGAA